AUGGCGGAGCGAGGGAGAAGGCUUCUCUUACUGGAACAGAGGAAUCAGAACCUGGUGAGCAUCCUUCGGAAUAAUAAUAAUAAUAAUGUUGCUGUUGUUUAGUCGUUUAGUCGUGUCCGACUCUUCAUGACCCCAUGGACCAGAGCACGCCAGGCACACCUGUCUUCCACUGCCUUGACCACAGUUUGGUCAAACUCAUGCUGGUAGCUUCGAGAACACCAUCCAACCAUCUCGUCCUCUGUCAUCCUUGUGCCCUCCAUCUUUCCCAACAUCAGGGUCUUUUCCAGGGAGUCUUCUCUUCUCAUGAGGUGGCCAAAGUCUUGGAGCCUCAGCUUCAGGAUCUGUCCUUCCAGUGAGCACUCAGGGCUGAUUUCCUUCAGCAUGGAGAGGUUUGAUCUUCUUGCAGUCCAUGGGACUCUCAAGAGUCUCCUCCAGCACCAGAAUUCAAAAGCAUCCAUUCUUUGGCGAUCAGCCUUCUUUAUGGUCCAGCUCUCACUUCCAUACUUCACUACUGGGAAAACCAUGGCUUUAACUAUACGGACCUUUCUUGGCAAGGUGAUGUCUCUGCUUUUUAAGAUGCUGAAUAAUAAUAAUAAUAAUGUAUUAUUUGUACCCGCCCAUCUGGCUGGGUUUUCCCCAGCCACUCUGGGCGGCUUCCAAGAAAGAUUAAAAAUACAUUACAAUGUCACACAUUAAAAACUUCCCUAAAGACGGGUGCCUUCAGAUGUCUUCUAAAUGUCAGGUAGUUGUUUAUCUCUUUGACAUCUGAUGGGAGGGCGUUCCACAGGGCGGGUGCCACCACCGAGGUUUAACCAUCUGUGGUUUAACCAUCCACGUCCCCCCAAUAGCCACAUACUGUCAUAUAUAAAAGGAUGCUAAAUAUGGACAUCAGGUUUCAGCAAAUGUUUGAGCAUUCAAGGAAUAAUUGAGGGUAUUCAACAUCAGCUUUAUCAGCUGAACGUUUCGGAGGGAAAUCUGGAAACAAAUUUAUUACAGCAAAGAAUAUAUAUAUUUUUGAGAAAGGUGUUAUGGGAUCUCAUGUUUCCUCUCCUGUUCAUUGUUUAUUUUUUUCAAUUUUCCUACAGAUGGAAAAGAUCAGAUCCCUUCAGAAAGCCAACGCAAACUUGCGGCAAAUGGUGAGCACCGUAAAACAGCUCAGAGGGAUAAGGGGAGAGAAAAGGCGCUUUAAGGGAUGCGGGUGGCGCUGUGGGUUAAACCACAAAGCCUAGGACUUGCCGAUCAAAAGGUUGGCGGUUCGAAUCCCCGCGAUGGGGUGAGCUCCUGUUGCUCGGUCCCUGCUCCUGCCAACCUAGCAGUUCGAAAGCACGUCAAAGUGCAAGUAGAUAAAUAGGUACCGCUCCGGCGGGAAGGUAAACAGCGUUUCCGUGCACUGCUCUGGUUCACCAGAAGCGGCUUAGUCCUGCUGGCCACAUGACCCGGAAGCUGUACGCCGGCUCCCUUGGCCAGUAAAGCGAGAUGAGCGCCGCAACCCCAGAGUCGGUCCCGACUGGACCUAAUGGUCAGGGGUCCCUUUACCUUUACCUUUAAGAGGCCUCUUGGCAUACCAUGAGUGGCAGAUCUAUAGCUUAGCAGUGGAACAUCUGCUUUGCAAGCAGAAGGUCACAGGUCUCAUCCUGGCAGCAUCUCUAGGCAAAGCUGGGAGAGAAGCCAGAGUGUAACCCCAGAGAUCUGUAGAGACAAUACAGUACCUCUGGUUACAUACGCUUCAGGUUACAGACUCAGCUAACCCAGAUAUAGUACCUCAGGUUAAGAACUUUGCUUCAGGAUGAGAACAGAAAUUGUGCUCCUGCGGCGCGGCGGCAGCAGGAGGUCCCAUUAGCUAAAGUGGUGCUUCAGGUUAAGAACAGUUUCAGCUUAAGAACGAACCUCCGGAACGAAUUAAGUACUUAACCUGAGGUACCACUGUACUGAGCCAGGUGGAGAAACAGUCAGACUUGGUAGAAGAAGAGUUUGGAUUUGAUAUCCCGCCUUUCACUCCCCUUCAGGAGUCUCAAAGCGGCUAACAUUCUCCUUUCCCUUCCUCCCCCACAACAAACACUCUGUGAGGUGAGUGGGGCUGAGAGACUUCAGAGAAGUGUGACUGGCCCAAGGUCACCCAGCAGCUGCAUGUGGAGGAGUGGAGACUCGAACCCGGUUCUCCAGAUUACGAGACUACCGCUCUUAACCACUACACCACACUGGCUCUCUGGCUCACCACACUGGUACAAGUCAGCUUAUGGCAGAGACAUUGCUUCCUGUCAUUUCGGUCACUGGGGCACAUAGGAGCCACAUCCCAGGGGCCGUAGGGGCCUAAACCCCCACAAUAAAAUAUUUGAGUGGCCCGGGGGCCCACAAAGUGGAUGGGCAGCCCCAUUAAAAUGGUGUGUGCGCACUGCGUCAUGUGAUCAAUUAUGUGCUGUGGAGCUUACCUGGGCCCCCACAAUACUUCAUUCAAGUUGGCAGCCCUGCUGGGGCAACACCUCUUUGGUUGUUCCUCGUGAGAGCAGCCGCCGAGACCACAUAACACUGGUCUUGAAAGACCUACAUUGGCUCCCAGUACGUUUCUGAGCACGAUUCAAAGUGUUGGUGCUGACCUUUAAAGCCCUAAACGGCCUCAAAGGCCCAGUAUACCUGAAGGAGCGUCUCCACCCCCAUCGUUCAGCCUGAGGUCCAGCUCCGAGGGCCUUCUGGCGGUUGCCUCCCUGCGAGAAGUGAGGUUACAGGGAAUCAAGCAGAAGGCCUUGUCAGUGGUGGCACCUGUCCUUUGGAACGCCCUCCCGUCAGAUGUCAAGGAAAUAAACAACCUGGCUUUUAGAAGACACCUGAAGGCAGCAGUGUUUAAGGAAGUUUUUAAGGUUUGAUGUUUUAUCACAUUAUUAUUAUUAUUAUUAUUAUUAUUAUUAUUAUUCUGUUGGGAGGCACCCAGAGUGGCUGGGGAAACCCAGCCAGUUGGGCAGGGUAUAAACGAUAAAUUAUUAUUACUAUUAUUAUUAUUAUUAUUAUUAUUAUUAUUCCUGGAUCGCUGUGUCCAGGGGAGGCUGGUCCAUCUCGAUGAAGAGGAAAUUCCCACCAACCUGCUUUCUUACACCUCCCUUCACUCGGGGUGAUUUUGCCCAUCAUUGGCUCUCUGGCUCCACCUAGUGUUGAUCUCCCUGCCUUCCACCCUAUCUGCCCCAGGGGGUGCCAGCUACCACUGCUAGCACCCCUCAGCUCAAAGCCCAGUGACUGUAGCAUCAGCCAUUAUAAGCUGGACAGCUGGUUCAAGUUAUUUGGCUGCCUGAAGCAAAGGACAAGAUGGCACCCGCUGCCCAUGCCACUUGUAGAAGCCAGCCGGAUGGCCAUUGAAUCCCACCUGGACUUUGGCUGCAGGUUGGCAUCUUUCACUGCAUCCGAGGUGGGAAGGGUCUCCAUCGCCACCACGUGCUCCACAUCAAUACCUGCUGCCAGAGGCAGACUCCUCACUCUUUCUUACAACAGGGCUGGCCCUCAUCAGCAGAGAUUUUAUCUGUGGGAAUGUUAAGGAUAGUGUUAUUGUUUAGUCGUUUAGUCGUGUCCAACUCUUCAUGACCCCAUGGACCAGAGUAUGCCAGGCACUCCUGUCUUCCACUGCCUCCCGCAGUUUGGUCAAACUCAUCUUAGUAGCGUCGAGAACACUGUCCAACCAUCUCUUCUCUGUCAUCCCCUUCUCCUUGUGCCCUCCAUCUUUCCCAGCAUCAGGGUCUUUUCCAGGGAGUCUUCUCUUCUCAUGAGGUGGCCAAAGUCUUGGAGCCUCAGCUUCAGGAUCUGUCCUUCCAGUGAGCACUCAGGGCUGAUUUCCUUCAGAAUGGAUCGGUUUGAUCUUCUUGCAGUCCAUGGGACUCUCAAGACUCUCCUCCAGCACCAUAAUUCAUAAGCAUCCAUUCUUCGGCGAUCAGCCUUCUUUAUACUCCAGCUCUCACUUCCAUACAUCACUACUGGGAAAACCAUAGCUUUAACUAUAUGGACUUUUGUUGGCAAGGUGAUGUCUCUAUCCUUCCUUCACUCAUGCUAGUAAGUGAUGUAGCAGAGCAGAUUUCCCUCAAAAUAGCUGGAGGUUAGUUUGGAGAUUUGUUUGAAUCUCUUAAAUGUAAAAGUAAAGGGACCCCUGACCAUUAGGUCCAGUCGUGGCCGACUCUGGGGUUGUGGCGCUCAUCUCGCUUUAUUGGCUGAGGGAGCCGGCGUACAGCUUCCGGUUCAUGUGGCCAGCAUGACUAAGCCGCUUCUGGCGAACCAGAGCAGUGCACGGAAACGCACAGAAUCUCUUAGUUAAGAUUAAUUUCCCUUUUGACCCCUCUUAAAAGAAUAAAGACACCAGAGUCUUUCUGUGUAAAGAAACAAAAAGCUCACUCACAUUUCAGUUCACGAUAUGAUCGCUGAAAGGCAGGCUUUUCUUAGUACAGUGGUACCUCAGGUUACAUACGCUUCAGGUUACAGACGCUUCAGGCUACAGAUUCUGCUAGCCCUGAAAUAGUACCUCAGGUUAAGAACUUUGCUUCAGGAUGAGAACAGAAAUCGUGCUCUGGGGGCGUGGCAGCAGCAGGAGACCCCAUUAGCUAAAGUGGUGCUUCAGGUUAAGAACAGUUUCAGGUUAAGAACGAACCUCUGGAACGAAUUAAGUACUUAACCCGAGGUACCACUGUAGUUACAUAAACAAAGUGAGUUCAUCUCAUGUGGAGACUGAACUCACACAGCAAAAUUACCGUACAUUUUUGUGCUAGCAGUGUGCUAGCAAUGGUAGCUGGCACUCCCUGGGGCAGAUAGGUUGGAAGGCAGGGAGGUCAACACUAGGUGGAGCCAGAGAACCAGUGAUGGGCAAAACCACCCCGAGUGAAGGGAGGUGUAAAUAAGAAAGCAGUAAGUAAGAGCGGCAUGGCAGCAAGAGAGAGAACGAGUCAACAGGAAGUCAAAACUAGACUGCAAGUGAGGAAAUGGCUGCAUGGCUCCGUUCUUUUAUGGAGUCAGCCAGAGCCACGCUCAUCUCCCAGAUGACAUGCAGGGGAAGGAAGUUCCACACCAGUGGAACAGAAAGUUACACUGACUUGAUGUCCUCCUGCUUGUUCCCAUGCUAGGGAAACAAGGAAUGUUGCAUUUGACUAUAGCAAUGGAUUACAUCUCACAUUAUCACUGUCUACCUUUCCGCAGGGCCUGCAAGACAGAGCUGUUCCGCCUGGCCUUUGGUUUGGACUCAGUCUGACCCUUAUGUUUCCCUCCCCUUAUGGUUUUGAUCUAUGGGCUACCGUAUUUUUUGCCCUAUAAGACUCGCUUUUUCCCUCCUAAAAGUAAGGGGAAAUGUGUGUGUGUCUUAUGGAGCGAAUGCAGGCUGCGCAGCUAUCCCAGAAGCCAGAACAGCAAGAGGGAUUGCUGCGUUUCACUGCGCAGCAAUCCCUCUUGCUGUUCUGGCUUCUGAGAUUCAGAAUAUUUUUUUUCUUGUUUUCCUCCUCCAAAAACUAGGUGCGUCCUAUGGUCUGGUGCAUCUUAUAGAGUGAAAAAUACGGUACUUUUAAAAUGAGGCUGCAUUUUAAAUUGCAUUUUAACCUGUAUUUUAAAUUGGUCCCCCCCCCCCAUUAUGUUUUUACUGUAAUUUUACUGUUGUUAGCCACCCUGACCCGGCUCUGGACGGGAAGGGCGGGGUAUAAAUAAAUUAUUAUUAUUAUUAUUAUUAUUAUUAUUAUUAUUAUUAACCAAGUUCCUCUUCUCCUGACCUUUGCAGAAUUCAAGGCUAAGGGAGGAAAAUGAAGGUGAGACGUUUUGCUUCCCUGCAAGAUUGGAAAGACCAGCCUCCUGGCUGCGGUGGGAGCAGAACCGGAUGGGCAGGGAAGCGACCGACUUGUUUUGAGGACCAGACUUGCGUAGACGAUUUGGUCCUGCCGUGGCGUCUUUCCCAUAAACCCAUGGAGAGGUUUGGUUCACCAGCUGAGCAUCCUGGUCAGGUCCUCCCCCUUCUCAACAGGUCAUCCAGGGCCGGACUUAACUUGAAGCUAUUUGCUAGGAUUCUCCCAACUCAGUUAAUUCCAAACUAGCUCUGGAUUUAGUGGGAAACGGGAGCAUCCCACCCACUGAUGCUAUUGGACUCCAACUCCCAUCAGCCCCUGGUCAGUGGUCAAGGGAAUGAUGGGAGCUGAAGUCCAGCAAUAUCCGGAGAGCAGCUUGCUCCAGACAGAUUCUUAGUUAAUAGUCACCAAUCUUGUCCUAGGAGAAUUUGCCUUUUUUUACUAUCUUUCCUUUCUCUCCUUCAGUUUUCAAGUCAACAGAAGAAAUCUUACUUAGGUAUUUCUGAUUUAUGUAUUUGCUUGUUUAUUGAUGUGGGGCAUUGUUAUGUACUGAGUUGAAUAGGAUCCAAAAGGCAGCAGUCUGAUUGGUCCUAGAACAAUAGGAUCCAGAAUGCAGCAGUCUGAUUGGUCCUAGAACAAUAGGACCCAGAAUGCAGCAGUCUGAUUGGUCCUAGAACAAUAGGACCCAGAAUGCAGCAGUCUGAUUGGUCCUAGAACAAUAGGACCCAGAAUGCAGCAGUCUGAUUGGUCCACAGGAGCCACCCAAUCCAGCUCCAGGUGGAAGUGAAUCCGCAACCUCAUUGGCCUACAGGUGAAUCCCGGAAUUAGCCAAUCACGUGGGGUCCAUUGUGUAAAUAACAUAUAUAAAGCAGACAUUCUGGGGGAACUUCCAUUCCUCCUCACCACUAUGAGCUGAAUAAAAAGCAUGAAAUCCACUCUCGACUCCCGAGUAUAUUUCAGGCAUCAACAUAAAAACCGCAAUAUAUAUAAUCAGAAUAAAAACAACAGCCCAAUAAAAUAUGCAUAUAUUUAAAAAUUCAAACUUAUAUGCUCUACAAAUGCACUUUAAGGGUGGGGGAACCAUACAUACGUUUAUUGAAAAUAUUAAUAUGUCACUUUUCAAGUCAAAAGAUUGGAAGCAGUUAGGGAUGAACUUUCAGGCGACAGUGUUAAUCCUAAAUGUGGGUGUCUGCUGCUGUCUUGCUGUCUGUAAGCAGGUCAAGGAAAACAGCAUCCACCCAUUAAAAGCCUUGGAUAUUUUUUUUAAGAGAAGGGGGGUGGGGAAAGGAAGAGGAGGAAUUGUGCUUCAGUGGUAGAGCUUUUAUCCUGAAGGUAAAGGUAAAGGGACCCCUGACCAAUAGGUCCAGUCAUGGCCGACUCCGGGGUUGCGGCGCUCAUCUCGCUUUACUGGCCGAGGGAGCUAGCGUACAGCUCCCGGGUCAUGUGGCCUUCCCGCCGGAGCGGUACCUAUUUAUCUACUUGCACUGGUGUGCUUUCGAACUGCUAGGUUGGCAGGAGCAGGGACUGAGCAACGGGAGCUCACCCUGUCGCAGGGAUUCGAACCGCCGACCUUCUGAUUGGCAAGUCCUAGGCUCUGUGGUUUAACCCACAGAGCCACCCACAGAGCCACUCUUCAGGAUAGAGUCCUGCCUAAAUCCUCGGAGAGCCACUGCCAGCCAGUGCAGGCAGUAUCAAGUUUGAUGGAUCAAUGAUCUGAACUCACACCUCUUUAUCCCUGCUGCCAGCCAGUGUAAACAUGGAGUGUUUGUCUUGCAUUUAUCCUGACUGGCUUGUGGGAUAUUUGCAUCUCUUCCUGUAAAUGUGCUUAUCAGAUUUUCAGUGCAUUGCCCAUCAAUUUCCAGACCACAGAAAGUCUAUUAUUAUUAUUAUUAUUAUUAUUAUUAUUAUUAUUAUUAUUACUGUAUUAUUAGUUUGCUGUUUUAUAGGCACUUCUAAGCUAUCAUUUAUUUGCAGGCGUAAUUCAGUCACACACCAGUCUGCUUAGAUUAAUUAAAGCGCUCUGUUGGCCUAGCACAACAAAUCCACUUUUUUAAAAUGACGUUAAGAAAGAAAGAAAGAAAGAAAGAAAGAAAGAAAGAAAGAAAGAAGUCAAGGUAGAUGUGGAGCAAAUGUUCCUUGCCGUGUAACCGCCCCGUCAACAAAUCGGAACAAAUGCUCAAUAAAAACCAGAUAGAAUAUACCGUAUUUUUUGCUCUAUAAGACUCACUUUUUCCCUCCUAAAAAGUAAGGGGAAAUGUGUGUCCGUCUUAUGGAGCGAAUGCAGGCUGCGCAGCUAUCCCAGAAGCCAGAACAGCAAGAGGGAUUGCUGCUUUCACUGCGCAGCGAUCCCUCUUGCUGUUCUGGCUUCCGAGAUUCAGAAUAUUUUUUUUCUUGUUUUCCUCCUCCAAAAACUAGGUGCGUCUUGUGGUCUGGUGCGUCUUAUAGAGCGAAAAAUACGGUAGCUUCCUUGUGAAGUUGGUGCAAGCAGACCAGGAUGAAUGUCUGGCGUAGGAAGUGUCCAAGCGCUUCAGAUCAAUUUGAAAGGUGGAAACCUAAAGUUCUCGUAUGCCCUUGAAUACGGCCAGGAAAAAUGCUGCCUUUUGCCCAUCCACUCAUCCGAAACCCCCGCCCUUCCUUGACUUUCAGAGACAACGACAAGAUCAAGAAGAAAGUUCAACAGCUGAAGGAGCUUCAGGAAUCUCUGGUGAGUCGUCCCUGGCACUGCCAUUCUUCACGCAGGACCCUGGGAUCUUUAUGCUAGGCGGGGAGGGAGGCCAACCAAAGACAAAGAAGGGAACAGGCAGAAAUAUGACCCGUGCCCUCAUCCCCGCUGGCAGCAGCGAAGAGCAGAAAUAAAUCCCGGGUUGGCAUUCUAAGGCAAGCAUGUGCAUGUGAAAUAUACUCGGAGUCAAGUGUGGAUUUCAUGCUCUUUAUUCAGCUCGUAGUAGUGAGGAAUGGAAGUUCCCCCGAAAUGUCUGCUUUAUAUACAUUAUUUACACAAUGGGCCCCACAUGACUGGCUAAUUCUGGGAUUCUCCUGUAGGCCAAUCAGGUUGUGGAUUCACUUCCACCUGGAGUUGGAUUGGGUGGCUCCUGCGGACCAAUCAUACUGCUGCAUUGUUCUAGGACCAAUCAGACUGCUGCAUUCUGAAUCCUAUUGUUCUAGGACCAAUCAGACUGCUGCAUUCUGGGUCCUAUUGUUCUAGGACCAAUCAGACUGCUGCAUUCUGGACCCUAUUGUUCUAGGACCAAUCAGACUGCUGCAUUCUGGACCCUAUUGUUCUAGGACCAAUCAGACUGCUGCCUUUUGGAUCCUAUUGUUCUAGGACCAAUCAGACUGCUGCCUUUUGGAUCCUUUUGUUCUAGGACCAAUCAGACUGCUGCCUUUUGGAUCCUAUUGUUCUAGGACCAAUCAGACUGCUGCAUUCUGGAUCCUAUUGUUCUAGGACCAAUCAGACUGCUGCCUUUUGGAUCCGAUUCAACUCAGUACAUAACAAGGGCCCAACCCCCCUGCCUGAAAUUCAGGUAGGCUGCUGCCAGUAAUCUGACUGUUUCGCUGGAAUCUGCUUCAGCACAACCCAUAGAUUAGAAAAAUGCACAAGGAGCAGUGGUCAUAAGGAUAUGAGUGGCUACAUAUCCUUAAGACCAGUGAAACAGUCAGAUUAUCCGGGAUCACUGUCCUACGUUGUUAUUCACUUACUACUUCGGACCCUGAACGCCUAAAAAGUUUUACUGCUUAGCCCACAGGAUAGCAUCUAUUACUUUGUUUCAACCAUAGACUUAUUAUACUUUUACGGACUUUCAAAGAUUGACAGGUGUGUGUUCAUUUGAUUUCAAAUAUAUUAGAGAAUUUACAAGUGUACAGUUUGUUUUUGUUGUACUAAAACAUGUAUAUUAUGCAAUAAGAAUUGCAGUGCUAUCUAGUAUACUGGUCAUCGUGUUGCUUGCGUUGUUUGUUGUGUUAAGUUUGCAACACAGGGGUUUGUUGUUCUUUAAUGGUAGGGCACGCAAGUGGCGCUGUGGGUUGAACCACAGAGCCUAGGACUUGCCGAUCAGAAGGUCGGCGGUUCGAAUCCCUGCGACAGGGUGAGCUCCCGUUGCUCAGUCCCUGCUCCUGCCAACCUAGCAGUUCGAAAGCACACCUGUGCAAGUAGAUAAAUAGGUACCGCUCCGGCGGGAAGGUAAACGGCGUUUCCGUGCGCUGCUCUGGCUUUGUCAUGCUGGCCACAUGACCCGGAAGCUGUACGCCGGCUCCCUUGGCCAAUAAAGCGAGAUGAGUGCCAUAGCCCCAGAGUCGGUCACGACUGGACCUAAUGGUCAGGGUUCCCUUUACCUUUACCUAAUGGAUGCACAACCUGACUGUCUGCAAGGGAUUCCUACACAGCAAGGUUGAUGUUGCCAGCCAUCAUGUCAUAUUUGCAGACAUCUUUGCAAUGUGGAGUUGGUCUGCCAACGGGCCUGGGGCCUGAAGGCAACUCCUCGUAGAGUACUUCCAGAGACCCCCGAGCACCAAUAUUUCGGGACCCGAAGCCCCUUCUGCUCCCAUAGUUGACGCCCCUGCUUCCUUGUAGUCCAGCAAAACACAUGUCCAAACCUGUGUUCUGCUGACAUGUGGUGUUGUGGGUACAAUGGUACCUCGGGUUACAAACACUUCGGGUUACAGACUCCGCUAACCCAGAAAUAGUACCUCGGGUUAAGAACUUUGCUUCAGGAUGAGAACAGAAAUCGUGCUCCGGCAGCGCGGCGGCAGUGGGAGGCCCCAUUAGCUAAAGUGGUGCCUCAGGUUAAGAACAGUUUCAGGUUAAGAACGGACCUCUGGAACGAAUUAAGUUCUUAACCCGAGGUACCCCUGUAGUUGUAUUCCGUCUCACCAUGGAAUAUUUUUUGAGGUCUAAAAUAAUAAACGGUGGCCCGGAAAUCUUGGGUGCAGACCUGCCUCAAUACAAACCUUUAAAUACCGUAUUUUUCGCUCUAUAACACGCACCAGACCAUAACACGCACGUAGUUUUUAGAGGAGGAAAACAAGAAAAAAAUAUUCUAAACGAAAUAGUGGAUAUAUGAUUUUUGUGGUUCAUGCUGUGGCCACAGACAUGUGAUCUGACAGUGAGUUUGGAGUAGCCCAAUGCAAAAAUCCUGAGGAUCCAUGUGGAUCCAUGCAUUGUAACCACGGAGGAGGGCAGGAAGGGGAACCAUGGAUCCUCUGCUCACGACUGCAGCAGAUCCCCCCCGCCACCCGCAGGCAUUCGCUCCAUAAUACGCACAGACAUUUCCCCUUACUUUCUAGGAGGAAAAAAGUGAGUGUUAUGGUGCAAAAAAUACGGUAUAUUGCUCCCUGGAGUGACUUGAUUUCUACAAGCGCUGACUGCACUUAGCGGCCGUUUUUCUGAUCAACUCUUUCUCUCCUUCUUUACAGCAAGACGAUAUUUAUGUUCUCGAAGAGCAGCUGUGUACGUAAGUCAAUCGCGAGUCCUUGGCUUGAGGCUGCAUUUUCAACCCCCUCACCUCCCUUUCCUUUUAAGCAACCUGGUCUGAAACGACUCUUUUAAAAUACUGUUUUCUCAUAUGCUGUGAACUUGGGGCUAGGAUGUGGGGAGACCAGGAUUCACUGAGCGACGUUGAGCCAGUUGCUCUCUGCUAACCUAAUCUAAUCUACCUCACAGGGUUGCCGUUGGGAUAAAAUGGGGAGGGGGAGACCCGUGUACACCUUGCUGGGCCUUUUGGUGGAAAGGCGGGGUAGAAAUAUAAUAAAUUUAUUUAACAUAAACAAACAUACGCAAUAAUGAAUAAGAUAAUUUGGGGUUUCAUUCGAAAUGUUUGCUCAAGCCUUUUGGGUGGGCUGGGUUUUAAAUUGCAAAUGGUUUAUUAAAUACAGUGGUACCUCGGGUUACAUAGGCUUCAGGUUACAUAGGCUUCAGGUUACAGACUCCGCUAACCCAGAAAUUGUACUUCAGGUUAAGAACUUUGCUUCAGGAUGAGAACAGAAAUCGUGUUCCGGCGGCGCGGCACCAGCAGGAGGCCCCAUUAGCUAAAGUGGUGCUUCAGGUUAAGAACAGUUUCAGGUUAAGAACGGACCUCCAGAACGAAUUAAGUACUUAACCCGAGGUACCACUGUAAAGGACUGAAAGCAAAAUCUGUGUGAUAGGCCACGAUCCAUGCCUGAAUCGCAUGCACAUCAUCGUUCCCCUUAAUUUUGGGCGGGUGCGCAUUUGUGUGCUUGCACGGGAGAAUGUUCCGGAACUGGUAGCACGCGAAGGAAAUGUUUCAUUUUCGAAAUGAUUUUUUUUUUACCUGCGACAUUUCAAAAAUGGGGACCCUGGCCCUUCAAAUUGCUCCGUCUGUAUGUGUGCUCACGUACGCACCACACACACACACACACACACGGGGCAGGGGAAAACAGACUUGAUUUUGAGAUCUAAUGCAACCUGGCAUCUGGUCCUCAAAUACAACUCGCAUUUCCAAGGAGAAGGAAGCGAAGAGGCGCCCACGGUUCAGUGAUCUUCCUUAUGCACUCCUUGUUAGCAGAUGCUGAGUGGAAGGACAGAGAGAGAGAGAGAGAGAGAGAGAGAGAGAGAGAGAGAGAGAGAAAAUGUCCCUGGAGUGAGAGGCAGUUGCCUAAUGACGAUCAAAACAAAAUGGAACUUAUUUAUAGCUUAGGUUCCAGGGACGGAGAGGGCGUUUCUGCGUCAGGAGUAGAUUUAGUUUUCCAUUUAAAAUAGGGCUACCGUAUGUCCGGAAUAUCCUGGACCUUCGCUCCUCGAAAAUGAUGUCCGGGAAAACCCAGGAGCAAGGCAGCCCAUAUCGAACUGUUGGGGUGGGGGUUUUUUUUGGCAAUUUCCUUUUAAAAUAGCUCAAAAACUUCAUUUUUUUGCGGUGGGAGGGGAGGGGGUAAAGAUUUUGCAAAAGAAAGCUCCGCAACUUUUCCACUUUUUGAAAUAUGGCAGCCCGGUUCAAAAUAUUCCUUAUCCACUCUCCACCCAGGACAGGUUAUAACAAUAUAAUGUAUCAAAACGGAUAAAACUGUUGCAAUUAUUAUUAUUAUUAUUAUUUAAGAAAAGGAAAUCCGUUCCUGCCAGAACAGAACAGUAUACAUUGAGUGAAAGCAGCAGUAUGUGUGUGCUUUUGUGUGUCCCACACCCCACCCCGCAGAAAACAAAAUGCCUUAACUGACCGGGAUCAAGAGGUGUGCAUUCACAGAAGCAGCAGAGCCUCACAGGGCGCUGCUGAAAUUUUAAAAGCCCAAAGUCUGUCACUGCAAACAGCAAAAGCUGCAUGACGAAGGUACCAGACUCACCUCUGGGGGGAAGGAGUUUCAUAAUUUGGGAGCCAACACAAAGACCGACAAGAAAAGAUGCCCACGAGAUGCUGUUGAAGGACCCAUUUAAAGUGUUACCAUACACAGAAGCCAAACUUACAUUCACAAAAUGUUUAGGGGUUAUGUGUACCCCCGCGUCCUCCCAGAAAAAAGGCACCGGUGUAAUGCGAUCAAUUAUGUGGGCCAUGGCUUAUCUUUCGUUGUUGUUUCGUCGUUUAGUCGUGUCCGACUCUUCGUGACCCCAGGGACCAGAGCACGCCAGGCCCUCCUGUCUUCCACUGCCUCCCACAGUUUUUUGGGUUUUUUUUAAUGAUAUUUAUUAAAAGUUUAAAAAUUACAGAAAAAAGAAAAAAACAACAAUAAAAAAGAGAAAAAAGAAUUUAAAAAACAUAUAAAAGCAAGACAACAGUACAGCAAAAAAAGAAAAACAAAGAAAAAACUAAAACAGACAUCCAAUAUUCCAUACCUUUACCUUUCCUUUACUUGUUUCAUCGACCUCCUCACACCUCCCUUUUUUUGUAUUCUAGUUCAAUUCACUAUUUCAGCAAAUUCUUCCCAUCUUUCUCAAUUUUUAUUCUAUAAUUUAUCUUAACAGUCUAACCUUAAAUUUUUCCAUCUUAACCCAUUAUCAAUCAGCUUUUACUUAAUUCUUUGAUGCAUUUCUACUAAAACCAUAUAGCUUCAUUCCAGCAUCCUUCUAACACUCAUUAAUUUUACAAUGUUUCUGUAAGUAUGCUUUAAAUUUUUUUCCAUUCUUCUUCCACCGACUCUUCUCCCUGGUCUCGGAUUCUGCCAGUCAUUUCCGCCAGUUCCAUGUAGUCCAUCAGCUUCAUCUGCCAUUCUUCCCUGGUGGGUAUAUCUUGUGUCUUCCAACACUGCCUCCCACAGUUUGGUCAGGCUCAUGCUGGUAGCUUCGAGAACACUGUCCAACCAUCUCGUCCUCUGUAGUCCCCUUCUCCUUGUGCCCUCCAUCUUUCCCAGCAUCAGGGUCUUUUCCAGGGAGUCUUCUCUUCUCAUGAGGUGGCCAAAGUCUUGGAGCCUCAGCUUCAGGAUCUGUCCUUCCAGUGAGCACUCAGGGCUGAUUUCCUUAAGAAUGGAUAGGUUUGAUCUUCUUGCAGUCCAUGGGACUCUCAAGAGUCUCCUCCAGCACCCAUAAUUCAAAAGCAUCCAUUCUUUGGCGAUCAGCCUUCUUUAUGGUCCAGCUCUCACUUCCAUACAUCACUACUGGGAAAACCAUGGCUUUAACUAUACGGACCUUUGUUGGCAAGGUGAUGUCUCUGCUUUUUAAGAUGUUGUCUAGGUUUGUCAUUGCUUUUCUCCCAAGAAGCAGGCGUCUUUUAAUUUCAUGACUGUUUAUCUACCCCCCCUCCAUAUUUUAUUCAAGUUGGCCCCCCUGGUAUCAUAUCACGAUAAACCGCCAUGGCUUCUUCCCUGAAGAAUUCUGGGAAGUGUAGUUCGUUAAAGGUGCUGCGAACUGCCUGGGGGCACGUGUUCUCCUCAGAGAGCUAAAAUCCCCCAGAGUUCCCCGUGAAAAGGGAUUGAUUGGGAAACCACUCUGGGAACGGUAAUCAGGGUCUCCUAACAACUCUCAGCGCGCUUAACAAACUAAUAGGUUAUUGUAUUUUAGUGUUUUGUUGGAAGCCGCCCAGAAUGGCUGGGGGGACCCAGCCAGAUGGGCGGGGUAUAAAUAAUAAAUUAUUAUUAUUAUUAUUAUUAUUAUUAUUAUUAGGCCCGGGGGGCCGGAUCCGGCCCAAUCGCCUCCUCAAUCCUGCCCACAGACGGUCUGGGAAUCAGCGUGUUUUUACACGAGUAGAAUGUGCCCUUUUAUUUAAAAUGCAUCUCUGGGUUAUUUGUGGGGCAUAGGAAUUUGUUCAUUCUUUUUUCAAAAUAUAGUCCGGCCCCCCACAUGGUCUGAGUGAUGGUAGACUGGCCCAUGGCUGACAAAGUUUGCUGACCCCUGAUCUAUGGGGCAGUCCCUGCGCCCGCAAGAAAACAUAUCUCCCAAGUUCUCCCUGCCAGGUACAGUUCUCUCCCUCACCUUACACCUCUGGUUUCCCAACCCCUUCCUUGCGGCAUUCUUAUUCUCCCCCCUCCCCAAUUUUCCCUUUCUCUGUAAGAAACCCCCCCUCCCGCUUCCAGCCUCCCCUCACUCCUUUUCGGUCUCAUUUGCUUUUUCACCCCAUGGGCGUAGCCAGGAUUUUUUCACCCCAUGGGCGUAGCCAGAAGGGGGACAGAACCUCCGUUUACUAUGUAUUUUUAUUGAUUGGGGGGCAGCUGCCCCUCCCUGGCUACACCCGUGCCCCCUCCAAUCAAGUAUAUAAAUAAAAAUUCUUAGCUAGCUGACCGAUUGCGUCUCAGAUAACUCGGUUCUGUCCCCUCUGACAUAAAGCCUCUCUCUCCCUGCCCCCCCCCCCUAAAUCCUGGCUACAGUCUGGCUAUACCAACUGCACUGGCUCCCAGUGGAGCACAGGGUCAGGUUUAAGGUGCGAGUUUUGACCUUUAAAGCCCUAUGUGGCCUAGGACCCACGUACCUACGGGACCGCCUCUCCUGGUAUGCCCUGUGGAGGACCUUAAGGUCCGCAAAUGACAACAUUUUGAAGGUCCCAGGUCGCAAGGUGGUUAGAUUGGUCGCAACUAGGGCCAGGGCCUUUUCAGUACUGGCCCUGACUUGGUGGAACGCUCUGUCACAAGAGACCAGGGCCCUGCGGGACUUGACAUCUUUCCGCAGGGCCCGCAAGACAGAGCUGUUCCGCCUGGCCUUUGGCUUGGACUCGGUCUGACCCUUAUGUUUCCCUCCCCUUAUGGUCUUGAUUUAUUAGCUACUUUAAAAUGAGGCUACAUUUUAAAUUGCAUUUUAACCUGUAUUUUAAAUUGGUCCCCCCCUCUCUUUUUCCCCUAUUAUGUUAUUAUUAUUAUUAUCCAUGUUUAACCCUCAUUUCCCGGACCAGAUAUGUGGGUCCUGUCCCCACACAAACUCUUGUCCCACUUUGGAACCCCUUCUUAACCAGCCUGACACUGCCCACAUUUUCCUUCUUGGGGUAUACAGUGGUACCUCGAGUUAAGAACUUAAUUUGUUCCGGAGGUCCGUUCUUAACCUGAAACUGUUCUUAACCUGAAGCACCAUUUUAGCUAACUGGGCCUCUCGCUGCCACUGCACCACCGCCGCACAAUUUUUGUUCUCAUCCUAAAGCAAAGUUCUUAACCCGAGGUACUAUUUCUGGGUUAGCGGAGUCUGUAACCUGAAGCGUCUGUAAUCUGAGGUACCACUGUAUAUAAAUGUGUGUGUGUGUGUGUGUGCAGGCAGGACAUCCUAAAUGGGACCAGCCUGUCCCCAAAUUCCUACUGACAUUGAGCAUCUCCUUCCCUCCUUUCCUGCCUGUCGCGAGGGAUUGCUAUGCUCUGGAGUCAUUUCAGCACCAGGUAAUAAUAAUAAACAAACAAAGGUAAAGGUAAAGAGAGCCCUGACCGUUAGGUCCAGUCGUGGUCAACUCUGGGGUUGCGGCGCUCAUCUCGCUUUACUGGCUUCCGGGUCACGUGGCCAGCAUGACUAAGCCGCUUCUGGCGAACCAGAGCAGCGCACAGAAACGCCGUUUACCUUCCUGCCAGAGUGGUACCUAUUUAUCUACUUGCACUUUGACAUGCUUUCAAAUUGCUAAAUUGGCAGAAGCAGGGACCGAGCAACGGGAGCUCACCCCAUCACGGGGAUUCGAACCGCCGACCUUCUGAUCGGCAAGUCCUAGACUCUGUGGUUUAACCCACAGCGCCACAAACAAACAAACAAACAACCCCCCACCUGACCUGUAUUUUGUCUGCAGAAAGGUGGCAACCCCUGGGUGAAUCGGGUUUAGUACUAAUAAAUUUGCACCUCUACUCUGGUCCUAGUUUUGCAGCUGACUUCUGUUCUCUCCAAAUGUCCUUUCCUCCCCCCCCCUCCCCCAGGUUCCUGUACUUGCCAAGGGGAGAACAAAAGGUAGGGCUGUUUUAUGCCUUCUGGUGUGACUUUAUCGAUUACACAAAUAACGAGGCAUAUGGUAAAACGGUGCCUAUAGUCUGGAGCACGGUUUGGACUUCGUGAAGCACAUCUUAUUUUUCCUUUCCCCUUUCCUAUAAAUUCUAAUCGCUACUGAUCCAAAAUACCAGCCACCAGUCUAAGGAACACACAGCAAUAGACAUCAUUUCAUAUCAGUAGCAACCGUAAUAAUUUUGGUAUACGCACCUUGACGCAAUGUUGUUAACACAUUCAGAAAUGUUUAUUGUUUAAUUUCUGUUCUGUUUCUGUUGAAUUUCUCUUUUUAUUUCUAAUUGUUGUUUAAUUUCUGUUUCCAUGUAAACUGUCGUUACGUUGUACACUCCAGUGCAAAGAUAUAUCUCAGUGCCACCGCGCUUUAAAGAUGAAAAUAAAUAAAUAAAUAAAUAAAUAAAUAAAUAAAUAAAACCUACAUUACAGAAGAAAAAGUAAAGCACUGCCUGUUGUAUCUGGACUUCCCCUAUUCUCAAAUCUCUUCUUCCUGUCCCAAAACAGUGUUUUUCCCUUUCCUGGAUCAGCCUGCACGUGAUCCUAGCACAUUUGUGGCGACGUAUUCCUUAGUGAUUGUAACGGUGUGAAGGCUAAACUACAGGGCCCAGAAUUCUCUGAGGGAAAUAAUGUGCUCCGAAUGUGCUUUAAAUUCAAAUUUAGCACAAUUCAAAGUGUUGGUGCUGACCUUUAAAGCCCUAAACAGCCUCGGUCCUGUAUACCUGAAGGAGCAUCUCCACCCCCAUCGUUCAGCCUGGACACUGAGAUCCAGCACUGAGGGCCUUCUGGCGGUUCCCUCAUUGCGAGAAGUGAGGUUACAGGGAACCAGACAGAGGGCCUUCUCGGUAGUGGCACCCACCCUGUGGAACGCCCUCCCUUCAGAUGUCAAAGAGAUAAACAACUACCUGACAUUCAGAAGACAUCUUAAGGCAGCCCUGUUCAGGGAAGUUUUUAAUGUGUGACAUUUUAGUGUAUUUUUUGUCUCUGUGGAAGCCGCCCAGAGUGGCUGGGGAAACCCAGCCAGAUGGGCGGGGUACAAAUAAAUUGUUGUUGUUGUUAAAGGUCUGACUUUGAGAACAGCUUUGCCUGGGACACAGAUUCUGUUUCCCAUAAGAGUUCCCUUGCUUGCAGUGUGGUGUAGUGGUUAAGAGAGGUGGACUCGUAAUCUGGUGAACCGGGUUCAGGUCUCCGCUCCUCCACAUGCAGCUGCUGGGUGACAUUGGGCCAGUCACACUUCUCUGAAGUCUCUCAGCCCCACUCACCUCACAGAGUGUUUGUUGUGGGGGAGGAAGGGAAAGGAGAAUGUUAGCUGUUUUGAGACUCCUUCGGGUAGUGACAAAGCGGGAUAUCAAAUCCAAACUCUUCUUCUUCUUCAAUUGGCUGGAAUGUGUAUAUUUGCAUUCAUUUCCCCACCACCACCUCAAUAAAGUCACCGGGCACAAUUUGGGUUGACAAGAGUUCUGGAUUUUGCAUGUUACUGGCAGAUGGCAAAUUUUUGGAAGCAGGGUUUCCUGCGCUCACAACCUUUGUGAGUCCUAGGAAGUUGAAGAGGUUAUGCGCUAGGAACUAUUCUCCUCCUGGAAACGCCUAGUCCAAUUAAUGUCGCGUUUCGACCUCGGAUGCCCCCACUUCCAAAAGCUUUGCGCACUGCUCCUGAAACAUCCAAGACUGUUGAACCGAAAGGAGAGUGGUUGGCGUCACGAAAGACCCUGCUCUCUGUCCUACCCCAUCCAUUUUUCUAACUUCACAGCCGCACCAUAUAUCUAAAGCACAUUUAAGGCGCGUAUCUUUCCCCAAAGAAUAAUGGGAACGGUAAGGUAAAGGGACCCCUGACCAUUAGGUCCAGUUGCGGACGACUCUGGGGUUGCGACGCUCAUCUCGCUUUACUGGCCGAGGGAACCGGCGUACAGCUUCCGGGUCAUGUGGCCAGCAUGACCAAGCCGCUUCUGGCGAACCAGAGCAGCACACGGAAACACUGUUUACCUUCCCGCCGGAGUGGUACCUAUUUAUCUACUUGCACUGGCGUGCUUUUGAACUGCUGGGUUGGCAGGAGCAGGGACUAAGCAACGGGAGCUCACCCCGUCGCGGGGAUUCGAACCGCUGACCUUCUGAUCGGCAAGUCCUAGGCUCUGUGGUUUAACCCACAGCACCACCCACGUCCCUACUGGGAAUGGUAGUUUUCCCCUAACAGAUUUAUAAUUCCCGGCAAUCUUAGCAAACUAACAGAUUUAUAAUUCCCGGCAAUCUUAGCAAACUACAGAAUUCUUUGGGAGGAUUCGUGCACUUUAAAUUCACUUUAUACACCUCACAUUUAAGGUGCAUGACUUCCUCCGAAGAAUCCUGGGAACUGUAAAGGUAAAGGUAAAAGACCCCUGGAUGGUUAAGUCCUGUCAAAGGCAACUAUGGGGUUGGGGUGCUCAUCUCGCUUUUAGGCCGAGGGAGGCGGCGUUUGUCCGCAGACAGUUUUCCAGGUCACGUGGCCAGCAGGACGAAACUGUUUCUGGCGCAACGGAAUAACAUGAUGGAAGCCGGAGUGCAAGGAAACGCCAUUUACCUUCCUGCUGCAGUGAUACCUAUUUAUCUACUUGCACUGGUGUGCUUUCGAACUGCUAGGUUGGCAUGAACUGGGACAGAGCAACGGGAGCUCACCCCGUCACAGGGAUUCGAACCGCCAACCUUCUGAUUGGCAAGCCCAACACUAUUAUACUUAUUUUAUGAUUACUAUUUAUUAAAUUUGUAUGCCGCCCUUCAUUCAAAGAUCCCAGGGCAUCCCAAACCCUCGGUGGGUUAGGAACUUCCCCUGCAUGCAAAGCCAGACUCUGGCGGAUUGAGCGGUCAAGACCAAGAGUAGCUCCAGCGGUCAAGAAGGCAGUUUCUGCAUGUGCUAUAGAGGGGAGUGAGGGGCAGGUGGGACUCGUCCACCCGGGAAGAGAGCCCAUCUCUGAUCCUAAACCUCUGCUGCCUUGCGGGAUAAUAAUAAUAAUAUAAUAAUUUAUUAUUUAUACCCCGCCCAUCUGGCUGGGUUUCCCCAGCCACUCUGGACGGCUCCCAACAAAGUAUUAAAAUACAGUGGUCUGUUAAAAAUUAAAAGCUUCCCUAAACAGGGCUGCCUUCAGAUGUCUUCUAAAAGUCUGGAAGGUGUUCUUCUCUUUGACAUCUGGUGGGAGGGUGUUCCACAGGGCGGGUGCCACUACUGAGAAGGCCCUCUGCCUGGUUCCCUGUAGCUUUGCUUCUCGCAGUAAGGAAACCACCAAAAGGCCCUCGGUGCUGGACCUCAGUGUCUGGGCUGAACGAUGGGGGUGGAGACACUCCUUCAGGUAUACUGGACCGAAGUCGUUGAGGGCUUUAAAAGUCAGCACCAACACUUUGAAUUGUGCUCAGAAGUGUACUGGGAGCCAAUGUAGAUCUUUCAAGCCGGUGUUAUGUUGUCUCGGCAACCGCUCCCAAUCACCUGUCUAGCUGCUGCAUUCUGGAUAAAUUGUAGUUUAUUGGUCACCUUCAAAGGUAGCCCCAUGUAGAGCGCAUUGCAGUAGUCCAAGCGGGAGAUAACCAGAGCAUGCACCACUCUGAGGAGACAGUCUGCGGGCAGGUAGGGUCUCAGCCUGCAUACCAGAUGGAGCUGGUAAACAGCUGCCCUGGACACAGAAUUAACCUGCGCCUCCAUGGACAGCUGUGAGUCCAAAAUGACUCCCAGGCUGCGCACCUGGUCCUUCAGGGGCACAGUUACCCCAUUCAGAAGCAGGGAGUCCUCCAAACCUGCCCGCCCCCUGUCCCCCCAGAACAGUACUUCUGUCUUGUCAGGAUUCAACCUCAACCUGUUAGCCGCCAUCCAUCCUUUGGGAGAAGGCUCAGGAGUAGACCCUACACAAAUCCGGAGUCCCUAAGGCGGUUGGCUGGCGCCUUGUACGCCUCCUCCCAGCAAUUCCUUCAUCCCAGCUGGUGCCAAAUGUCUUGCUCUGCUAUCCUUUGGACCACAUCAGCGAUGCCCAGAGGCAGGGAUCUUGCAGUCUGGCCUUUGCAGAUUAAACCGUGGGGAAUUGAGAGCGGUUGCUGCGUCUUAAUGAGCACAGAUGGGGGCUAAUCACUCCUUUCCUUUUCUCCUCAGACGAGAAAACACCGAGCCACUGAGUCUGUGACGAGGUCAGAGCCAGCUGAGAGAUCGACCCCAGCUCUUUGCCACUGUGGGAUGCAAACAGAAGCUUCUGGAAUAAACUCUUGUCUUCUGUUUGCGAUUUUUGGAUUAGGAAGGGUGGCUCUGAAGUUCUGACGUGUGAGGCUAGCCUUCUGAAGGAGGCAUGGGCAGUUUACCCGACGGGAAGCAGAGCUUGCUGCCCCCGCCCCCCCGAUCCCUGUCCAGUUUGAAUCCUCUGCCAACAGCCACACCCCAGUGGUAAGGACAGCUGCUUGGCAGGCAGAAGGGCUGAAAUAUACUCAGGGUCAAGAGUGGAUUUCAUGCUCUUUAUUCAGCUCAUAGUGAUGAGGAGGAAAUGGAAGUUUCCCCAGAAUGUCUGCUUUAUAUAGAUUAUUUACACAAUGGGCCCCACGUGAUUGGCUAAUUCCGGGAUUCACCUGUAGGCCAAUCAGGUUGUGGAUUCACUUCCACCUGGAGCUAGAUUGGGUGGCUCCUGUGGACCAAUCAGACUGCUGCAUUCUGGACCCUAUUGUUCUAGGACCAAUCAGACUGCUGCAUUCUGGACCCUAUUGUUCUAGGACCAAUCAGACUGCUGCAUUCUGGACCCUAUUGUUCUAGGACCAAUCAGACUGCUGCAUUCUGGACCCUAUUGUUCUAGGACCAAUCAGACUGCUGCAUUCUGGACCCUAUUGUUCUAGGACCAAUCAGACUGCUGCAUUCUGGAUCCUAUUGUUCUAGGACCAAUCAGACUGCUGCAUUCUGGAUCCUAUUGUUCUAGGACCAAUCAGACCGCUGCAUUCUGAAUCCUAUUGUUCUAGGACCAAUCAGACCGCUGCCUUUUGGAUCCUAUUCAGCUCAGUACAUAACAAGGGCCCAACUCCCCUGCCUGAAAUUCAGAUAAGCUGCUGCCAGUCAGUGUAGGCAGUACUAAGGUAGUUGGACCAAUGGUCUAACUAGGUAUAGAAGGCUCAUAGAAUCAUGAAGGGCUGUUGGGUUGUGGUUUUUAUUUUGAUUAUAUAUGUUGUGGUUUUAUAUUCUGAUUUUGUUCUGUGAACCGCCCUGAGACCUUUGGGUAUAGGGCAGUAUAUAAAUUCAUUCAAUCAAUCAAUCAAUCAAUCAAUCAAUCAAUCAAUCAAGGAAGGGACCCUGGGGGUCAUCUAGCUCAACCCCCUGCAAUGCAGGAAUAUGAAACCGUCCCCUUAACGGGGAUCGAACCUGCAACCGUGGCGGUGUUAGCACCACGCUCUAUCCAACUGAGUUGUCUAAUAUUUAUCUAGCUCCUGUGUUCGUUGUUAUGAAGGCGCUAAGAACUACAGUUCCAAAAAGUGUCUUUCAGUGGCAAAUGCAUUUUUAUUUUUAAGAUUUGAAAAUGGCUUUGCUUUGGCAUGCAGACAUGUCCUAGAGCAAGGGAACCUCAGGUCCAAGGUCAAUGUGGCCCUCUAGACUUAUUUACCUGGCCCUCAAUAUUCGCUCCAGGUCACACCCUGUUUUCUCCUGGCUAGAACGCAGCCUUGAAUUCUGAUAAUCCUGGAUGGAGGAUAGAGAGCGUCGGGUGUGGGUGGGUGUCAAACAGCUAACUGUACAAAGGCAAAAAAAAUUAUAUUCAUUGCUCCACCCACCCUUGACUCUGACCCCGACCACUCUUUGUAUGUGGCCCCUGGAAGGCAGCCCUGAAUGGAAUGUGGCCCUUAAGCUGAUAAAGAUUCCCCAUGGCUACCCUAAAGGGACUGUCCUUCUCUUCUCUGCACCGGGCAGUUUCACCUUCAAGGCGAAGUUGCAGUUCGGGCCUCUUCAGGAGCUGAGCUUGCUGGAUCAACACCAGCCCCCAUGUUCAGCUCGCUGCAAAAGGGAUUCCAGCUGUGUUUUGCAAACUCCACUGGGAUCGCACGGCUAACCAGGGAGAAGCAUCUGCAAGCUGUAAUCCGUUGAAAAAUAGCCACAUGCACAAGAGGUACUUCCUUGUGGCUUGGCGUCCUUCAUGCACAUUUUGCAAGCUGCUGAAAGAAACACUUAAGGCAACUGGUGUUUGUGGUUCGAGGACCCGACCCCCGCGAUGUGAAAUAAAUACACAAGGACACGUGAUAUAAGGUUAAUGGGCAAGAAAAGGCCACAACUUUAUUGAUUACAGCAGUGAAAAGGUAUUGGCUUAGGCAUUGGAUGUCUAAAACAAGGGGGUUUAUUCACCAGUAGGUGGAGCCUGUUGAUGCUAAUCCAACUAUAGGCUCUCCCUGAUGUCACCGGGGUCGUGCCAUGGCCUCCCGCCAAGCAGGCAUCGGACAGAGUACACGACCGCCAGAUUCCUUUAACGGAAUACCCAAAAUUGAAGGCAUAGACGAUGGCCACACCCAGCCCUUCGACACACCACAACACAUUAUUCCAAUGCCUAACCUACCCACCAAUACCACAAAAAGUUGUGACGAUUGCUACGAGGUAGGCGAAAAAACCAAAAAGCCGAAUGCCAAAUGGAAAAAUUCCUACCAGGCCCCCUAGACAACCAGGGCGACCAACCUAAGGUCCAUAGCAAGGCCAAAGAACAAAGACCCUGAGCUAAAAGGGAGCGGAGGGUGGGUGACUCACGACGAGAGGACGGAGAAGAAUGAGGCCGAGGAGAGGCUGGCACCACCGCAAAAGGCUGCUGAACACGCCCCCUCGAAGGCACCUGGUUGGAUGCCUGCCAAGGGGGCGUGGGCGCCAGCCAGGUGAGAGGAGGAGGCAGGGGGCUAAUGCCCCCUGCUAGGGGCGGUGCUUGGGCUCCCACCCACAACCACUCCCCUCUCUUCCAGGGAGGAGAGUCUUUUCUGCAGCGGCUGCACCUAUAUGUGCACGAGAGAGGUGGGUUUUUUUGGGGUUCACACCCCAGAAGGCAACCCCACUGCCAGCCUCUAAACCCCCUGGUCUUCCUCCUCUUCCUUCUUACCUCUGGGCUCCUGUAGACAACCUACCUACUGAACAGUUAUCCCAGUAUCCUUGCAAAAAGCUUACAAGGACACUAUAUUGUAUCCGAUCCCUACUAAGCAUCCCUUCUGAUUUCUACACAGGGAGGGGUUUCCCCCCCUCAAUUUAUUUUAUUUUUAAUAUAUAUAUAAAUUUCCAGAAAUUCCACAUAUAAUUCCAAUACAUUAAAAAAAAAAUCUUUUAUAUUAUCAACUUCCCAUCCCAUUUUCCAUGAUGUUUUUCUUAUCCUCACCCGCCUUGCUGCACCUGGUCUUCCCUUUUUUACAUCGUAAUCAUAACACAAGAGUCCAGGGGUCAGGAAACUCCCUCAGACCUUGUAGGAGGCCGGACUAUUUACUUUUGGGGGGGGGUGAACGAAUUCCUAUGCCCCACAAAUAACCCAGAGAUGCAUUUUAAAUAAAAGGACACAUUCUACUCAUGUAAAAACACCAGGCAAGCCCCACAAAUAACCCAGAGAUGCAUUUUAAAUAAAAGGGCACAUUCUACUCUUGUAAAAACACGCUGAUUCCCGGACUAUCCAUGGGCCAGAUUGAGAAGGCGACUGGGCCGGAUCCGGCCCCUGGGCCUUAGUUUGCCCACCCAUGCAAUAGUCUCUCAUGCUUUCUGUUGCUUAUAGAUCAAAUCCCACUCGCAGGUUCUUCCUAUUAUAUUUCUUCAAAUAAUCCACAAAGGGUUCAAAAGCCUUCAAAAAAACCCCCAGUCUCCAUUAGAUUCUCUUAUUCUAGCUGUUAGCUUUGCUGAUUUGACAUGGUCCAUAACUUUGCUAAUCCAUUCUUCCUUUUGCUGGCAGGUUCCAUCACGACGAGAAUUCACUCAUCCCUGUUUCCUUGAAGGGUCCUUUAGAUGUUUUCCCUUUGGUCCUUUGCCCACCCCACACUUUUCAGCGUUUCCCUAUCUCUUUCCUAACUGCUGGAAGUCGCUUCUAAAGAAGUGCCUCGAUUGUGCUAAGAGUGACAAAUGGCUCCAAUUCAACGUAACUCUGCAAAUCUUAAUUCCCAGUUUGUGCCUGAAUCCCACCUGCUGAACACUAGUGACGUGGAGCCACCUGAAGAAAGUAAGAUGAGCCCUGGAACAUGCCCAAAUCCCUUCUAAUCUAGCACUCUCCUUUGCUCAAGUUGGCCAACCGGAUGCCCACUUCUGUCCACCUUCUAGAUCCCUUAUCCUCAGGACUCGGGUGAAACACUGCAUGUAUCCAAGGUGAACGGCCAAGCCAGCUUGGGCCUCUCUAAGAUGUGAGUGUCCACCUUGUGCUCCUAGCUUGCCUUCCCCUUUUAGAGUCUGGGUAUCCAGCCUUCUUUUUUUUUAUAAGAUAUUUAUUAAAGUUUAGACAUUACAAAGAAAAGAAAAGAGAAACAAAAGAAAAAUACAAGCAAUAAACAGUUACAAAGCCUCAAAAACAAAAAAUGAAUACAGUAAUACAAAACAUCAACAAUACAAAAAAGAAAAAAAAGAAAAAACAAAAGCAUUUAAAAAACACAAAAGAGAACAAACAAACAUAAAAAGGACCCCAUAUUUUCAUAUCUUUCAUUUGCUUAUUUCCUCAACUUCCUCACACCUCCUUUUUUUGUAUUCUAGUUCAAUUAAUUAUUCCAGCAAGUCCUUUCCCUCUUUCUCAAAUUUAGUUCCAUAAUUUAUCUUAACGCAAUUUAGACUUAAAUUUACAUCUUUACCCAAUGUCAAUCUAUUCAUACUUAAUUCUUUAUAGUAUUUCUACUAAAGUCAUAUAGCUUCUUUCCAGCAUCCUUCUAACAUUCAUUAAUUUUAGAGUAUUUCUGUAAAUAUACUUUAAAUUUUUUCCAAUCUUCUUCCACCGACUCUUCUCCCUGGUCUCGGAUUCUGCCAGUCAUUUCCGCCAAUUCCAUGUAGUCCAUCAGCUUCAUCUGCCAUGGGUAUCCAGCCUUCAUUUGGGGGACGACCAUUCUCUGAAGGACCUUGUUCCAUUUGCUUUCUCCAUUUUAUCAUCAAAAGUGGGCCUGAGAGGCCAGAUUGGGGGGGGGGGAGCCCUCUCCAUUGACCCUUGUUUCCCAUUGCCCAUUUCUAGAGAUCAGGGCUUUCUGUUGGAGACGGUGCAAACCAGCCGUCUCCACUAA